AUGGCCGGAGGAGGAAGCAACGAAGUGAAGCUGCUGGGCUUUUGGCCGAGCCCUUACGUCCUGCGUGCGCGGCUUGCGCUCAGCCUCAAGGGCAUCACCUACGAGUACAUCGAGGAGGACCUCGAGAGCAAGAGUGAGCUGCUCCUCACCUCUAACCCCGUGCAGAAGGCGGUGCCGGUGCUGAUCCACGAUGGCAAGCCCAUUUGCGAGUCGUCCAUCAUCGUACAAUACAUAGACGAGAUCUUAGCCGGCGUCGGCCCCUCUCUCCUCCCGGAGGAUCCCCAUGACCGUGCCAUGGCUCGUUUCUGGGCCUCUUACAUCAACGAGAAGCUUGUGAAAGCGUUGAACCAGACAUGGGGAGGCAAGACGGAGGAAGAGAAGGCGGAGGGGAUGAAGCAGGCUGCCGACGCGGUUGAGACCCUUGAGGGAGCUCUGAAGGGCUGCUCCAAGGGGAAACCAUUCUUUGGUGGGGAGAGCGUUGGGUACGUGGACAUCAUGCUCGGCGGCCUCCUCGCAUGGGCUGAUGUCCGCGAAGUGGUGAAGGGCGUCAAGACCUUCGAUCCCGCCAAGACUCCGCUCUUGGCCAUGUGGUCGGACAACUUCGGUGCAUUAGACGCGGUCAAGGCAAUCAUGCCGAACAUCGGUAAGCUAGUUGACUAUGCCAUGGUGAUGCAACCUCACGGGGCGGCAGCUGCAGCUGCAGCCGCCGCCGCAGCCGUCGCUGCAACUAACUAA